AGCCAGCGAGGGUUUUGGCUCGGCUUCGGCCAAUGGACCCCAAGCCGCACAGCGCCGGAGCCGGACCUUGCGGCUCGCCAUGGUGGAGCGUCACGAUUCUGACUUUGUCCCAGGUGCUGAGACCGAGAUGGAGGUGGACGACGGGGAGUGCAGCAAGUCUGCCAUCAACCAGUGGUCCUUGGUGAAACCCUAUGGAGGAUGCCAGCCUCCGAAGCAGCGGUCCCUACACGCGAGCAUCGUGGUGGGGGACUGCCUCUACAUCUUCGGCGGGUAUGACGGCAGCAGUCGGGUGAACGACUUCUACAAGUGGAGCUUCAAGGCCUCGAAAUGGUCGCAGAUCCACACCACAGGUGCAGGGCCCACCGCCAGAGACAGGCACGUGGUGGUGUCCUUUGCUGACAAGAUUUACAUUUUUGCCGGGUAUGACGGGAACAACCGCGUCAACGACUUCUGGCAGUACGACACAGAGCAUGAGGCCUGGCAGAUGGUGGAUCCUGCUUUGGGAAAUCCCCCGACACCGCGGCACAGCCACUCUGGUGUCGAAUACGACGGAUCCAUGUACAUCUUCGCCGGGUACGACGGGAACUACAGGAGUGACUUCCAUCGUUACAACUUCCCCCAGCGGAAGUGGUCCAUCGUCCCGGUGAAGGGCUCGGUGCCGAAGGCACGGUACCGCACCUCCGCCGUGGCGUACAAAAACCGGAUGCUGGUGGUGGGGGGUCACGACGGCGCAAAGCACCUGAAUGACUUCUACCAGUUCAACUUCGACUCUUUGGAGUGGAGCUUGGUGGAGACCACGGGGCAGGUGCCGCCCCCCUCGCCGCGGGACUCGCACUCGGCCGUGAUUUGUGGUGACUCCAUGUACCUCUUUGGCGGCAGCACCGGCAGCGCGCGAAACGAUUUGUACGCGUUCAGCUUCGAAACGGAGCAGUGGCUUGAGGUGCGGCCCACGCCCGGUGCGUCUCAGAAGGCCAAUGUGCCCUGCCCACGUUUCUGCCACACCUGUGACGUGUACAACAACUCCCUCUAUGUCUUUGGGGGCUACGACGGCCAGCAGCGGCUCAAUGACUUCUGGCAGUUCCGCCUGGCGACGGAGGUGAACAUCGACAUCCCCAGCAGCUCGCUGGUCUCCGACCUCCGGGACUUCCUGAACGAUGCGAAGUUGUCGGAUGUUACAUUUCUCGUUGAGGGCAAAGCGGUCUAUGCGCACAAGUUGCUCUGCAUGCGCUGCUCCUACUUCCGUGCCAUGUUUGAGGGCCAGAUGCGGGAGGCACAGCAGAAGACCAUCACCAUCAACAACGUCUCGCAUCGGGUCUUCCUGGCCCUGCUCGAGUAUCUGUACACCGACGAGUUCGAAAUCUCCAUGGACAUCGCCAUGGACCUCUUCGUGGCGGCGGACCAAUUUGGCAUCGAGCGCUUGAAGAGGUUGUGUGAAAAGAAAAUCCUAGUUUCCAUCAACAUCGAUAGCGCCGCCACAAUCCUCCAGGCGGCGAACAUGCACAUCGCCAACGACUUGCGGCAGAGCUGCAUGGACUUUAUCCUCCGGAACUUUGACGCCGUCUCCAAAACACCCGCUUUUGAGGAGAUGGGCCGCUCCAACGUGGAGCUCGUCUUCGAGAUCUUGAAGCGACGAUGAAGGCCAAAAGUCCUUCCGGGCUAAGCGCGGAAGGCCGCGAUGGGACCGGGCGCACCGGGCCCACCAGGGCCUCGGAGCCUGGGGCCCGUGACGGAUAGGGCUUAGCUGGCAAUCGGUCGGUUGGCGCAUUUAGGGCUAUGAUAUGAUAUCAUAUGACAGCCCCCGACGCCACUGAAGGCUUUCUGAUCUCUUUGACUCCAGGCUGAGUGCUGGUUCCCGCCCA